CUGGCCGUUCGUUUCCGGUGGGGGUGCCGCGCCCAGUGAGGGCCCGGAAGUGGGUCGCGCGAAGAUUGCUGGGCGGUUCUUGCCGGAAGUGGAAAGCGGCUGUUCGCAGUCCGGAGGUGAAGCCGAGCUCUGAGCAGGUGGUGCAUUAUGGCUGACAUGCAAAAUCUGGUAGAAAGAUUGGAGAAGGCCGUGGGCCGCCUAGAGGCAGUAUCCCAUGCCUCUGACAUGCACUGUGGGUACGGAGACAGUGCUCCAAAAGCAGGAGCAGUUCCCUAUGUGCAAGCAUUUGACUCACUGCUUGCUGGUCCUGUGGCAGAAUACUUGAAGAUCAGUAAAGAGAUUGGAGGAGAUGUGCAGAAACAUGCGGAGAUGGUCCAUACAGGUCUGAAGUUGGAGCGGGCCCUCUUGGUUACAGCCUCUCAGUGCCAGCAGCCAGGAGGUAAUAAGCUUUCUGACCUGUUGGCUCCGAUCUCAGAGCAGAUUCAAGAAGCAAUAGCCUUUCGGGAGAAGAACCGAGGCAGCAAAUUGUUCAAUCACCUGUCAGCUGUCAGCGAAAGUAUCCAGGCCCUGGGUUGGGUAGCUGUGGCACCCAAACCUGGUCCUUAUGUGAAAGAAAUGAAUGAUGCUGCCAUGUUUUACACAAACCGAGUCCUCAAGGAGUACAAAGAUGUGGAUAAGAAGCAUGUGGAUUGGGUUAAAACUUACCUGAGUAUAUGGACAGAGCUGCAGGCUUACAUCAAAGAGUUCCAUACCACCGGGCUGGCCUGGAGCAAAACGGGGCCUGUGGCAAAAGAACUGUGUGGAUUCCCAUCUGGACCCUCUGCUGUAUCAGGUCCUCCUCCCCCACCACCAGGCCCACCUCCCCCACCAAUGCCUACCAGUUCAGGGUCAGACGACUCUGCUUCACGUUCGGCACUGUUUGCGCAGAUUAAUCAGGGGGAGGCCAUCACACACGCCCUAAAACAUGUCCCUGAUGACAUGAAGACUCACAAGAACCCUGCCCUGAAGGCCCAGAGUGGUCCAGUACGAAGUGGCCCCAAACCAUUCUCUGCACCUAAACCAGGAGUUAACCCAUCCCCUAAACCAGCCACGAAGAAGGAGCCGGCUCUACUUGAACUGGAGGGCAAGAAAUGGAGAGUGGAAAAUCAGGAGAACGUUUCUAACCUGGUGAUUGAUGACACAGAGCUGAAACAGGUGGCUUACAUAUACAAGUGUGUCAACACGACAUUGCACAUCAAGGGUAAAAUUAACUCCAUUACAGUAGAUAACUGUAAGAAACUCGGUCUGGUGUUUGAUGACGUAGUGGGCAUUGUGGAGAUAAUCAAUAGUAGAGAUGUCAAAGUUCAGGUAAUGGGUAAAGUGCCAACCAUUUCCAUCAACAAAACAGAUGGCUGCCACGUUUAUCUGAGCAAGAAUUCCUUGGAUUGUGAGAUCGUCAGUGCCAAAUCUUCUGAGAUGAAUGUCCUCAUUCCUACAGAAGGCGGAGACUUUAAUGAGUUCCCCAUCCCCGAGCAGUUCAAGACCCUAUGGAAUGGGAAGAAGUUGGUCACCACAGUGACAGAAAUUGCCGGAUAAGCGAAGUGCCACUGGGUUCUUUGCCCUCUCCCUCACACCAUGGGAUAAAUCUGUAUCAAGACGGUUCUUUUGUAGAUUCCCUCUACCUUUCUGCUCUUAAACUGCUUCUCUGCUUUGAGAAGCACAGCUACCUGCCUUCACUGAAAUAUACCUCAGGCUGAGAUUUGGGGUGGGAUAGCAGGUCAGUUAUCUUCUGCAGGAAGGGGCAGCCUUUUCCUGUCAGCUCAACCGCACCACCAGUCUGCUCUUACGGAACUGCAGACCAGGACUGGUGUGUUUCAGCUUUCAGCCUUUGGGGAUUAUUCCACCAAUAGUCUUUUGGGAAGAACAAAGCAGUCCCCAGGAAUUAACAGCUCAGAAAGUUCACACAAAUUAAUCUUUUCCUAACAGUGAGCAUGAGGUAGCAGAAGCUGGUGUGAUUCCAGCUGGGUCUUCUAACAGACUAAUUUUUCACUGUUGACAAGUGAGACAAGUGUUGCAUUGGACCAAAGGCUGAAGCUUGGCCAUCUAGCAUUCCAAGCAAAAUUGUUUCCUCUAAGUAUUCCUUUUAUUCUGCAUUCCAUCCUGGCUCCACCUGAACCUGAGAUAAUAGGUUCUCCUGUACCAGCUGCUGUGGCAGUGCCUGCACCCAGGCCAAUUUAGAGUCUUGGACGCUUUCUUUCUCUGGGAUCCCUGCCCAGCACCUUCUUAGAGAUGACAUAAAAAGAGAGGGGGAAAAAGGAAAAACGCACCAUUCUAAGGAAUCUGGCAUUCCUUCCUCCCAUGCUAGGUGCCUGUCAUCCAUCUUCACUGUCUCCAUUGCCCUGUCAUGCUCAACAGCUUUUGGCUUCUGUCCAGGCACCUGAACAAAGGACUACAAUCUCCACUGUAGGCUGGUUUUCGGUUUUAUGUAAGAAUCUUGCACAGCAUCGCUAAUAUAAAUUUCAGUUUUUCCCUCUAGGACAAACACAUACCAAAAUAUGCAACUUUUUUUUGGUGGGAAAGAGAUAUUGUCCUGUGACUUCUACCCAUUUCCUGAGGCCUGUAGAAAUAAACCUUUAUCUACUUAAAGUUAUACAGAAAAUAGAAUAAAAUUAAUACCAAACUUGC